GAGUGAUCUAUCGCGACCUGAAGCCGGAAAACCUGCUGCUAAACAAGGACGCCAACAUCAAACUGAUUGACUUCGGAUUGUCCAAGUGGCUACCGUACGGUCACACCACCAGAACCGUCUGCGGCACACCCAAGUACAUGGGUUUAUCUGUGAUUUCCUGUGAUAACAAACAAACAAAAAUAAUUAAUUAUAAAAAAAAAAAAUGAACGCUCGAUCUCAAGUUUUCGAACUCACCUUGGAGGGUAGACAGGCGGACGAGGCGGUCGCGAGCAUAUUUCACACCGUCCUGUUCCAUCGCACUUUAGGGAAAUUCUGUUACACCGGCGAGAGCAGUUACUCGGUGAGCACCCUCGGUUUCACCGACGUAGAUUGCGACUUUAUCGAUCUGACUUACGUGUGUUGCACCUCGAACGCGUUAAGUCGCAAAGUGAAACAGGAAAUCAGCAAUUUCUCCGAACAGUUGCGCAGCAACGAGUCGAGCGGCGUCGGACAGAUUUCCCUCGAGUUUUUCCAAACGAAACGGAGCCGUUAUUACAUCCUGAAUCCGGAGUGUCUCCCGUGGGAGGUGUGGACGGUACGUCUCCAGUUGAUCUCGUUGGAGAACGAGGGUCAGAGGCAGCUGUGUCGGGAACGCGUCGGCGAACAUCUCACCGAUAAGAUUUUGUACAUUACGGAGGUGAUGAACAGGCAGGAGUACGUGCCCAAGAUGCCGUCCAGGAGCGAGGUCGAUUUGGUGUUUGACACGACGCUCCCGGAUGUGCAACCGUAUUUGUUUAAGGUGAAUUAUUCGGUUUCUGGACCAUCCGCGGGGUCCUCGGUGGGGUCCACAGUGAGGAAGUUUAUUAAAAGUUUUAAUUUUUAAGAGGGGGGCACAAGGGGCUUUCGCGUGAAACGAAGGGAACGUUUUUUUUUUGACAUUCUGGUGGGCUAAGGAGAUCAGUCAAUUCACGCGUUUGUUGCUGUUUAUUUGACCGAUUGAUGCGGUUUGUUAUAAGAAAAAGGGUCCAAAUUUGACAAGAAAAUAUCUUCAAAUGCCUAAAAGUAAGAGAAUAAACACCUUUGAAAAACCGCCUCAACUAGCUGUCUGAGAAAUUAAAAUUUAAUGUCAAUGAAAAAAAGACUCGUUGGACAAAGACAACACUUCCAAGAGAGAAAGUAUUAUUGGAAGGUGUCUUUAUAGUCCAAACACUAAUGAUGUAAUUUUGCAUUAGUUUUUAUUGAUUUAUUGUAAGCAAUUAUUUUACAAAAAAGCCUGGACUAUUAUAUUCGGCCUAAACAAUAAUGACUAACUGAAUAUGUUGGAGCCAGAAGGUAAUAUUGUGCAAGGCCUUGGAAAUGAGCGUUAGACAAAGGUGCUAUCUUUGUCUGACGCUCAUGAAGUUCUUAGCCUAGAACGGCGUUUUUAACCUCAAAUCCACCUUCAGGAAUCCCACUGUAUUGGUGUACAAAAAUUAUGAAAGUAGUCAAAUAGUCUUGGACAAAACUUUGAAUAAAAUUGUCUGUAACUCAAUGAUUUUUUAAUGUACAAAAAUCGUUUUGCUAUGAAAUUAUUGGCAAAUAAAUGGACUUUCUUAUUUCACAAGCCUGUUAAGGAUAUUUCAAUUAUUCGUGAUACUAUACUCGAAAAAAAUAGAAUUUUCUAAGAAAAUUAUAGAAAAAAAUGCCUCAACCAAAACUGUCCUAACUACCAAAAUUCUUAAUCCAAAAUGACGUUUUUGCCCUCAAAUCCAUCUUCAAGGAUCCCAAUAUAUUAGUGUACAAAAAUUAUGAAAAUAUCUUAAUUCGUUCUAAAGUUAGGCGCAAAAAUGUCCAGUAAUUAAUAAAAAAUCGUGAGGUUGCAGCAUACCUUUGAAACUCCAAGUUUGGUGGGUCUUGGAGCUUAAUGGACAGAAUUGUCCCUAAUUCAAGGAGUUUUUGAGGUACAAAAAUCGUUUUGGUAUGAAAUUAUUGGGAAAUAAACUCCUCCGCUUUGCUCACAAGCCUCUUAAGAAUAUUUCAAUUAUUCGAGAUACUAUACUUGAGAAAAGUAAAAAAUUUCUAAGAAAAUUAUAGGAAAAAAUGCCUCAACCAAAACUGUCCUAACUACCAAAAUUCUUAAUCCAAAAUGACGUUUUUGCCCUCAAAUCUAUCUACAAGGAUCCCACUAUAUUAGUGUACAAAAAUUAUGAAAAUAUCUUAAGUCAUUCUAAAGUUAGGCGCAAAAAUGUCCAGCAAUUAAUAAAAUUUUUGAGGUUGCAACAUACAUUUGAAGCUCCAAGUUUGGUGGGUCUUGGAGCUUGUUGGACAGAAUUGUCCCUAAUUCAAGGAGUUUUUGAGGUACAAAAAUCGUUUUGGUAUGAAAUUAUUGGGAAAUAAACUCCUCCGCUUUGCUCACAAGCCUCUUAAGAAUAUUUCAAUUAUUCGAGAUACUAUACUUGAGAAAAGUAAAAAAUUUCUAAGAAAAUUAUAGGAAAAAAUGCCUCAACCAAAACUGUCCUAACUACCAAAAUUCUUAAUCCAAAAUGACGUUUUUGCCCUCAAAUCUAUCUACAAGGAUCCCACUAUAUUAGUGUACAAAAAUUAUGAAAAUAUCUUAAGUCAUUCUAAAGUUAGGCGCAAAAAUGUCCAGCAAUUAAUAAAAUUUUUGAGGUUGCAACAUACAUUUGAAGCUCCAAGUUUGGUGGGUCUUGGAGCUUGUUGGACAGAAUUGUCCCUAAUUCAAGGAGUUUUUGAGGUACAAAAAUCGUUUUGGUAUGAAAUUAUUGGGAAAUAAACUCCUCCGCUUUGCUCACAAGCCUCUUAAGAAUAUUUCAAUUAUUCGAGAUACUAUACUUGAGAAAAGUAAAAAAUUUCUAAGAAAAUUAUAGAAAAUAAUGCCUCAACCAAAACUGUCCUAACUACCAAAAUUCUUAAUCCAAAAUGACGUUUUUGCCCUCAAAUCCAUCUUCAAGGAUCCCAAUAUAUUAACGUACAAAAAUUAUGAAAAUAUCUUAAGUCAUUCUAAAGUUAGGCGCAAAAAUGUCCAGUAAUUAAUAAAAACUCGUGAGGUUGCAACAUACCUUUGAAACUUCAAGUUUGGUGGGUCUUGGAGCUUGUUGGACAGAAUUGUCCCUAAUUCAAGGAGUUUUUGGGGUACAAAAAUCGUUUUGGUAUGAAAUUAUUAGGAAAUAAACUGCUCCUCUUUGCUCACAAGCCUCCUAAGAAUAUUUCAAUUAUUUGUGAUACUAUACUCGAGAAAAAUAAAAUUUUCAAAGAAAAUUAUAGAAAUAAAUGCCUCAACCAAAACUGUCCUAAGUACCAAAGUUCUUAAUCCAAAAUGACGUUUUUGCCCUCAAAUCUAUCUACAAGGAUCCCACUAUAUUAGUGUACAAAAAUUAUGAAAAUAUCUUAAGUCAUUCUGAAGCUAGGCGCAAAAAUGUCCAGUAAUUAAUAAAAUUUUUGAGGUUGCAACAUACAUUUGAAGCUCCAAGUUUGGUGGGUCUUGGAGCUUGUUGGACAGAAUUGUCCCUAAUUCAAGGAGUUUUUGAGGUACAAAAAUUGUUUUGGUAUGAAAUUAUUGGGAAAUAAAUUCCUCCUCUUUGCUCAGAUGCCUCUUAACAAUAUUUCAAUCAUUCGUGAUACUAUACUCGAAAAAAAUAGAAUUUUCUAAGAAAAUUAUAGAAAAUAAUGCCUCAACCAAAACUGUCCUAAGUACCAAAGUUCUUAAUCCAAAAUGACGUUUUUGCCCUCAAAUCCAUCUUCAAGGAUCCCAAUAUAUUAGUGUAUAAAAAUUAUGAAAAUAUCUUAAUUCGUUCUAAAGUUAGGCGCAAAAAUGUCCAGUAAUUAAUAAAAACUCGUGAGGUUGGAACAUACAUUUGAAGCUCCAAGUUUGGUGGGUCUUGGAGCUUGUUGGACAGAAUUGUCCCUAAUUCAAGGAGUUUUUGAGGUACAAAAAUCGUUUUGGUAUGAAAUUAUUGGGAAAUAAAUUCCUCCGCUUUGCUCAUAAGCCUCUUAAGAAUACUUCAAUUAUUCGUGAUACUAUUAUACUCGAGAAAAGUAAAAUUUUCAAAGAAAAUUAUAGAAAAUAAUGCCUCAACCAAAACUGUCCUAACUACCAAAAUUCUUAAUCCAAAAUGACGUUUUUGCCCUCAAAUCCAUCUUCAAGGAUCCCAAUAUAUUAGUGUACAAAAAUUAUGAAAAUAUCUUAAUUCGUUCUAAAGUUAGGCGCAAAAAUGUCCAGUAAUUAAUAAAAUUUUUGAGGUUGCAACAUACCUUUGAAACUUCAAGUUUGGUGGGUCUUGGAGCUUGUUGGACAGAAUUGUCCCUAAUUCAAGGAGUUUUUGAGGUACAAAAAUCGUUUUGGUAUGAAAUUAUUGGGAAAUAAAUUCCUCCGCUUUGCUCACAAGCCUCUUAAGAAUAUUUCAAUUAUUCGUAAUACUAUACUCGGGAAAAGUAAAAAAUUUCUAAGAAAAUUAUAGGAAAAAAUGCCUCAAAUAAAAUUUAUUUGAUGCUGUAUAUUCGACCGAUUGAUGCAGUUUUUUUGAAAGAGCAACGGCCUUUCAAUGGUCCCAACUCGUAUAAUUUAGCAGGAACGUUCAAUUAAGGUGAACGAAACUUGUCUGAAAAACAAUGACUUGACUACCUUAAAAAAAUUGAACUAAUACUUUCACUGUCUAAAGGAAGGUAAAACUUAAGUGCAACCGAUUGAAAAGAAAACCUUAACGUAAAAUGCCUGAAAAACUGCCUUAAUUCCCUGAAAGGAAUUACGAAUCACGUCAAAUAAACGAAAAAUUAGUCCCAAAGUCUAUUUGCUGUAAAUUCGAAUGAUCAAGGCAGUUUGUUGCAAGAAAAAAGAGUCCCAGAUAGAUAUAGGAAAAAAAUAACAUUAUCUUCAAUUGCCUGAAAGUAAUAGAGAACCGUAAUUGGUUUAUGUAUUACUGCAUCAACUGCCUGGACAAAAUAAAAAAUUUCAUAAAAUCAAUGAUAAAUGAGGCUGAGUGCAAUAAAGGGCUAACCUCAAUAUUAAGAAAUGCAAGUUAAAAUCAGUUUCAGGCAAAUACCCUUGUUUUAGAACAUUUUGAGGUUUAAUCAGUCGGAUAAUUUUGGAUAAGACCUAAAUUUGAAUGUAGGUCGGUCCACUUUGCAUAAGAGUUUUAAAAAAGAACGUUGACUUUUUAUUGCUGGUUCUCUUCUUCAGGUGGGCCAGUUAUUUCAUUCUUCGUCGCUUGAUUGAUUGUUUAAAAUUGCUUCAACUGCCUUGACGAAAUACUUCAUAUAAAUGAAAAAUGACUCGGUAACGCCUAAGGCAGAUAUACAGACAAAAUUCCCCUUUUAAGUUCUAAAUUGAUCCACUACGAGAAUUUGAUGCUGUAUAUUCGACCGAUCGAUCCGAUUUGUUGCAAGAAAUAGGGCCCCCAAUUCGUACAGUUUGACAGGACACUUUAAAGUGAGUCCUGGUUCACCUUUCUAAUUCAUUAAACACUUGAGUUGCCUGUCAAGAAAUGCCUUAAAAAAAUAGAAAUGUUAAUUACUUCAACUGCCUGGAAGAAGGUUAAAAGAAAACCUUAACGGGGCUGUGUAAAAUAGCUGAAAAACUGCCUCAAUUGUCUGACAGAAAUUACAAAUUACUUCUAUUCAAUGAAAAAUUUUCCCUACGUCCUACGUUUGUUUGAUGCUGUAUAUUCGACCUGUUGAUGCAGUCUGUUAUAAGAAAAAGUGAAUCAGGGUCACCAAUUUGUCAAAAAAAAAAACACAAAAUUGUCUCAAAGUGAAAUUAAGAAAAACCCGUGUUUGGUUUUUUGUAAUAGUGCUUCUCAACUGCCUGAACGAAAUAAAAAAUUACUUGAAAUCGAUGAUCUUUAGUCAUUACUUUCCAGUUUUUACCCAAUCGUUUUUGAAUUAGCUCUUACCUUUAUUUUCUAUUAACUACUCUUGAACAAGUUGCAAUAUCAUCAGUUUUCCCUUCAAGAGUCCCUUAAAUUGACUCUAAACCUCCUUGAAAAAAUGAAAAUUCUUUUUUGCUCUUUUAAUGGGAAAUAGUGAAUAAUUUAACAUUUGUUCCAGGCAGUUAGAGAGCAAAUAAUAGCUUGGAAUGCCUGGAAGUAAAUCUGUAAUUGUUUUCUUAAAAAUUACUGGGAGAAAUAAUUCUUUGUAUCUUUUGUAUUCCAUAAUUUUAAGGACAUUAGACUAUAUAUUAGACUAUAAUAAGAUAUAAGACCUUAGACUUCAACCACCUAGAAGAACAAAAAUUACUUGAAAUCAAUUAAAAAAUUCUCCCUACGUCCAUUUGAUGCUGUAUAUUCGACCGACUUGUGCAGUUUGUUAUAACAAAAAGAGUCCUCAAUUCGUACAGUUUUCCAGGAGUUUUAUCUUUUAAAAUGGGUCAAACGAUCCAGGUUCAUUUUUCUAAAAAGUGUCUCUACUAAAAAAAAUUUAAAAAUUACUUCAACUGCAUGGAAGAAGAUAAAACACUAAGUGCAAUUAAUUGCCUGAACUUAAAAGAAAACCUUAACGGGCUCAGGUAAAACAAAGAAUCAUUUAAUAUCAAUGAAAAAUUACUCUCUACGUCGAUUUGAUGCAGUAUAUUCGACCAAUUGAUGCAGUUUGUUACAAGAAAAUGUGCUCCAGGGCCACCAAUUUGUCAAAAAAAAAUAAAUGUCUCAAAGUGAAAGUAAGUUAGACAAACCGAUGAUUAUAGUUUGUGUAAUACUUCUUGCUUGGACUUAAUAAAAGAUUACUUACAUAAAAUCUCAAUAAAAAAUUCCUCCCUACGUUCAUUUGUUGCCGCAUAUUCGACCGACUUAUGCAGUUUGUUACGAGAAAAUGUAUCCCACCGCGCAGCUUAAUCGGACCCUCCAAAAUAAAAUUUCUUAUAGUUUUUUUUUAUCGUUUAACUUGUGUAGAAUGUUCGUUUAUUUCCAUUUAAAUCGACGUGUUUGUUUGUUGUUUUUUUUUUUUUAUAAUAAAUAUUACGUGUCUAGAAUAUUAUUUUUUUAUACUCGUUUCCGUGUGAACAGUGUGAAAUACAAACGGCUCGACAAACUAUACAAGAUCUUCCAUAAAUAAUGGUAAAUUGAAAAAAAAAAGAAAAUGGGGUUAUGUUAAAAAAAUUUCCUAGUCCGAAAGUCAAAAUUAACCAAGAUACAGGGUGAUAAACUUAGUUUUGGCCAUUUAUUCUUUGUUUUUGACGAAAUUUGGAAUGUGGUUUUUUUUUUUAUCAGAAAAUUCAAGAAUGCCAAUAAACUGUCUUGCGUUUGCGUCCAAUGCGCCCCUAAGAAAUUGAUUUUUUCAAUAUUGUUCAACCUCUCAUUUUUAUGCGCUAAACAAGAAAAAGUAUCCCUAAACUCCAGCCAAUUUUCAGAUUUUCCAGAAAAUGUAGGAAUUGAAAUUGGAGGAAGUUUUGGCAACUUCUUUUUCUUUUUUAUUGUGGCCCAAACUAGAAGCUAUUAAGACAGACCUUGGAGAUUUUUCUUCUGUAGCAUUUAAAAAUAAAUUUAUAAAUUAAAUCACGAGCCAUUGAGGAAAAACGAUAAAAGUUAUCUUCAAAAUGUGGACGUUCUGUAUACUGGGUUUCGAGAUCAGCCUCAUCCGCCAAAAAUUCAAUAUCAUUUUGAAUUUCAUCAAACACCGGUAACAAUUCGGUAAGUUUUUUGUGGUCUCGAGAGUUUUCACAUAAGGGUACCUGGUGAAAACCACUAAUAAGAUCAAUUACUGAAAACCACCGAGCUCUUCCUAGCUGAUCUAAUAUAUCAUCGAUACGAGGAAGUGGAAACUUGUCAGCAAUGAGUUUUUUAUUUAGCUGGCAAAAAUCAAUGACUAACCUCCAUGCUUUUUGACCGUUAGGAGAUUUUUUGGGUACCAGCAAAACUGGGUUAUUAUAGUUGGAGAUUGAUGGCUCUAUAAUAUUUUGUUCCAGUAAUUUAUUGACUUGUUUGUUUAUUUCUUUUUUUUGAGUAUGCGGAAUUCUAUAAUUUUUAAUAUACACUGGUGACCUAUCAGUUAGUCGGAGUUCUUGUUGAUAAAAGUUGUUAACUGUUAUUUUAUCUGACUUAAGGGCAAAAAUAUCUGAAAAUUCGUUGCAUAACUUAAUUAAUUUUUCUUUGACAAACUCAGGUACAUCUUUAACAUUAAGCUGCGUCAUGAGAUUAGAAUUUCUAUCGUUAUAUUCUGUAUCGAUUUUAUAGAUAUUAAAUUCUGCUAGGCUUGUCGUUUUUAGCUGAAUAUUAUUAAGAGUAACGUUUUCGCUUGUUGUAUUAAUAAUCUUAACAAUAGGGGAAUUUUUUGAGACAAUAGUUCUCGCAACAAAGAUACCAGACCUUAGUUCCGCAUUUUCUACUACUGAAUCUUCUUUAACAAAUUGUAGGCUUUUUAUCUUUCGUAGUACCUCACACCUAGCUGGAAUAACUAUAGAGUCUUCAGAAAUACUAUUUCGAAUCGGUAUAAUAAUAUUAUUGUCAUUCGGCCUAAUAGUCAUAGUCCAAUCCGAAUAGUUUAAAUUACAUUUGAAUUUAGCGAUAAAAUCUCGACCCAAUAUUGCAUCUGUCGGGAUCGGAAAUGAGGAAUCUACUACGUGAAAAGAAUGUUCGACUUCGUGUCCAUUAACAGAAAUGACCGUUCUUGCAAUACCUAAAGUUGUGAUAACUUCAUCUGUUACUCCUUUAAUUUGACUAGGGGUGUGUGUGUUUAUAAUUUUGUUUGGACUAAUUGUGUCAUUUUUAAAUAUAGAAAUAUCUGCACCAGUAUCGAUUAAAAAAGUGUUUUCCUGACCAGUCAUUUCUGUAAAAAAUAUAACAAAGUUGGAGAAGGAAAGGUUCAUGUUAAACACAUUAUUUACGAGAUAUCCCCCAACCUCCCGGUUUGGGGGUCCAUUUCGUUUCCCUGGUCAGGUAUUGUGCUAACUGCCCUAACUGACCUGUGAAAUGAGUUGUUGGCUCUAUUGAUAUUAGUUUGUCUGUCAUUAUUAUACCUGUUACUUGUAUUAUUAUUAAAACCGCGAUUAUUUCUACCGCGUUCAUUAUUGUGCCUAUUGAAAUUUUGGCUGCGUUGAGUGUUAUUGUAAUAAUUAUUAUUAUUAUUAUUGUUAUUAGGUCGCCUACCUCUAUUAUUAUAAAAAAAUCUGUUAUUAUGUCUAAAAUUAUUUUGACCUGAUUUAGCAUAAAAAAUGUUCGAAGUUGAAGCCUGUGCAUUAUUAUUUAUAUUUAUAAAUUUAUUGACAACCUCCUGCACUGUGGUAAAUGUACCUGCCUCUAUAGCUACCCUAGCCCUUUCGGAAUUAGCAUUUUGAGCUAAGGCUCUUACUGUUUGAUCAGUAGAAUACUUUGCUGCGACAUCGGCGGGGACACCCUCGCUAAUAUAUGCCGUUUUUAAUUUUUCAGCUAGAGAUUCAAUAUCCGAAGCAUAACGGUAUCUCUAGCAUGUUGCCUAAAAUUUAAUAGCUUUGUUGUUAACAGCUGUGAACUCUCUCCUUUAAUUUUUAAACGCAAAGUGUUUAUAAUUUCUGUAAGGGAUGCUUCGGUAGUUAUUAAACCUCGAGCCUUACUUGUAAGUCGUGUUUUAACGUAGGCUACUGCGUUUGCUCCAUGAUCGCCCGAAUUUUCAUUAAGUAAUGUAAGAGCAUCUAAAAAUGAUUGUAGCCUGUCAUGUGAGCCAUCAAACUCCUGAGGUACUAUUUUCCCAGCUAAAUUAAAAAACUCUAAAUUUGACAAAGGCAUAUUUAUUUCCUCCUCGUCGCUCGAUGAUAUAUAAUACUCGUCCAAAAUUAACGGAUCAAUUUUUUCUAUACAACUUAAUGGUACUUUAUAUGGAACUUUUAAUAUCUCAAAUGCCCUAACUACUUUAUCUCUAAUAAAAAGGAAUACGUCCUUAGUUUGAUUCUUUUGCUGAUUAUCUAAUUGCACCCAAAUAUCCUUAAUAAAGGCUGUCGUUUCAUUGAAUAACUCUACUAACUUGUCCGUAAUAUCGACUCUUGUUUCCGUAUUUUUUGGUACGGCCUUUUUUAUAGCCCUUUUGAAAUUAUUUAUAGCCCUUUGUUUAAAUUCCAGUAAAGUUUUAUUAGUCCUUUCCCAGUUUAAAGACAUAGAACCCAAUAUUAUUAGAAUAGUUUGCUUAGAUGCAUAAUAUUGUCAAUUAAAAAAUAUAUAAAAUUCACACGCAUAAAAUAGCAUUCCCUUUUUUUCUUAAAAAAAAACAAAAAACAUAAAGCAUCACUAGACACACCCGUCUAGAAUUAUAAAAACAGGAAUAAAAAUAAAAUUGAAAAUUAUGGCUUACUCAGUAGAUUAUCCUUGGUUGUCCGAUAAAAUUGCAUUCGUAUACCCGCACUACUAUAGCUGCAUUCGAUUUACGCGCACUAUUUUAGUCACUAAAAAAAACUCGUGUCGUUUGUCGUUGGACUGGUUAAGGGUUAAUAAUAGGGUUUGAAGCGGCAGCAUCUCUUCUUAACUGGGCCAAGUUAAUCGUAGAAACAGCAAGCUCACGAGUUAUUUGCUUCCUAAUAUGCUUCUUGUACAUUUGAAAGGACUUUAUGAUCACCAUCACUAUAAGCAAAAUAACUAUUAUGUACAAAACUGCUUUGACGUCCUUUGUAAUGUUGUAUUCUUGCUCCUGCACUACAAAGUUUGAAUUGACUACCCCAUUUUCUAUCAAAUCUUGGUGAGUGGAUUUGCUUUGCCCCAUUUUGUUGAUUUGCUUAUCGCCAGUACACUGUAUUUGGAAAAAUGAGUAAAAAAGAAACACUUUACUUUUAAUCGAGCCCAGAAUAAUCUUUUUCCUCAACAAAACUUAUUAUUUCUCCAUGAUUCGACUGGCCAAGGGUCGCCAUGUAAUCGCUGGGUACUUAGGGCAAGUAAAACAAAGAAGAUUCCUCAUCUAAAACUGUUUAUUGAAUGAAUUGAAAAAUAUUUCCAUACAAAAGCAAUUGAACAGCGUCACAGUUACCUAAUUAGACACGAGCCGCGAUAUAGCUUAUUUUGCAAAUAGCUGCUAUACUAGGUCGACUAAUUAUUGCAACCAACUAUUAAUGUUUAUAAUAAAUAAAAUGUAACCUACUUUGCUUUUAACGAAUUUGCCUAAUAUUAUAAAUAAUUCCUUUACACAUAUCCAAUUCUACAAAAAACGACUUGUCAGCAACAUUUCAUCAUCUGUCUGCCAAACCCACGAAUGUGGUUCAUAUUGGUUUUCAUUGGAAAAAUUUGUUACAAGCGUAGUAUGUCUAUAUAUAAUUUUAACUGUAAUGCUUAAAAUAUAAAUUUAUGAAAAAAAAAUUUGUAUGUUAAAAAACACAUUGAUGAUUUUGACAGAUCAAAUAUUUUAUAAAAAAACUAAUUCGUGAUAUGAAAAAAUUGUUUAUUUUUUGCUUAUAUUAAAAUAUAAUAAAAAAAACUAAGCUCUUUUACUCAUAGACUACUCAUAGAUAAAUAGCAGGAAUGGUGCCGGCUUUGCACAUCUUUUAGUCUGCAUAUUUUAAUUUUGUAAUUGGCAAAUUACCUUGAUAAGCUUUUUCUAGCAGUAGUUCUUUUUUUGGAUAACGUCCCUUGCUUCGUUUAGCAGCUUCCUCCAAGAAAAAGGACUCUUUGAAGCUGGUUUUAUUGAAAAUCUUCUGAGGCUCUUUUUUUCUCAUAACGAAGCCAGCAAAUACUUCGUCAAGGAAUGUUUAACUUUGUUUUUAAAAGGGAAUAGGACUUAAAAUGAAGAAAAUCCUCAAAUAAAGUUUAUUACAUUAAAGGGCCUUGGAUUUAUUCGUGCGUCUCUUAUGAGCUGUGCCCAACCUUCAGGCACAUAAACAGCUACAAAUUUUUACAUCUCAGAGUGUCCUGUCUCAAAAAAUUUAUACUAAAUUAAAAUAUACUGACAGCUUGCAGCAAAAAUUGAAUUUUUUGUUCCCCUCCACAUCCAUCGGACAUCUGAGCAUAUAGGUAAAUAUACAGGUGGAUAUUCCAUUGGCCACAUGAUUUCCUCGAGUCUCGUCCCAUAAAUAGCAAGAAACAUCUUGAUUAGCCAGAUAUUAUAGAUAGUCAAAUUAUGAACGGCCAAUGGCCAGCGGGAUCUUUGGGAGUGCUUAAUAACUGACUGCAGGUCAAAAUUAAAUGCUAAAACAUCCUCAUUUUCCUGUGCUGCAUGUUUGUCUCUAUCCCUACACUUUUUAGGAUCCUCCUUUCUUUCCAAAUGCUCUUUAUGCAAUAUUUCUUGCUCUGCUUUCUGUUCAAGAGUAUAUUCUUUGUAUGCCAGACGUUUUCGACAUUGAUCUUUCUUCGCCGAAAUAUACGCAUAUUUUACCAUGGUUUCCUAUUUUCGGAGCAGCACUUUUCCCUGUAUUUCCUGUACAUUAUGGAGAUAUUAAGUUAGGAAUCCUAAUGCCGCUUUAUGAUUUUUUUUCUACAAUAAUGCGAUUCGACACAUGGGAAUGCUUUUAUUGUAUUUGGUUUUUUAUGAAAACAACAUCUUUAUCACUUAUUUGUUAUGCCGAGUCUAGAAUUAGUAAUGUUCCAAGUUGUUCGUUUUUUUGUCUUUCCUUCAACAUGAGUUAAAACAAAUUGACGUUGUUUAUCUAAAGUAUCCAAAUUUCUAAAAUCAUUAUAAAUUAUUGUUCUUAUGUUUUCGGGCACCUCUUUUAAACAAUUUGUGUAUGUUAAACAAUUAGUGAUUUUUUUUGUCAGCACAAGGAGGUGAUAAUAUUGGUCUACAUGAACUACAUCUCGAUAUCCAAUGUAUUCUUCUCCCUUUAGGCGCUUCUGUUGCUUGAUUUUUAUUCUUCAUUUUGAAUCAAUGUUUUUACUCUCUUUAAGAUGAGUGUGCUCUAUAAAUUUUUAUUUUGCGAAAAAAAAUUAGAUGUGCUUGUUAUGAAAUAUUACCUGGAAUAAGACCAGCGUUUAUGUUUGCUGCUUCCGAUGUUAGAGGAAUCGCAUCAAAUCCAUCUAACAAAUUUGAAUAGUAUUAAGCAAAACAAAAUUUAAAAAACUUACCUUCAUCUGCCGUAAUAAUAUGUUUUUUGCCAUUUGUAAUAUUCUACUUCCCAUAUUCUAGCAAGCACUUAAACAACAGUUUUAAACAAGUAAAUCUCGUUUAUAGUUCUAUUUGCCACAAAUAAAUACGUGAUACACUACUCUACUUGUUGCUAUAGAAACAAAAUUUAACCUCAACAUGUAAAUAUAAAUAUCGUUACAUCGCGAAUAUGAUGCUGUGUUGCCGGCUUAUUUAUUAUGCAAGCACAUUCGUCAUUUCAGCAGAUUAAAAUCAUUUUAAUUUUGAAUUAUUUGGUAUGGACAACGAGAAAUCGAGAAAAUUUCACAUUUGUGGUUUUGGCAUACAGGUGACGAUUUGUUAUCGGUUCCAAGGAAGCAUUUAACUGAUCAAAGUCAAACUUAAAUUUCUAAGCUACCACGUUUUUUAAUUCCUCUAAUGGAGACGACAGACAAGGAAUAAAUAUUUCCUCUUAUAUUUUUUUUCUGAUAAUAAAAACGCAACUCUAAAGCCUGUAAGGUUCUCCCCAUAUCCAAGAAAAUAUCCUGUUGAUUUUUUUGAUUUCAUUUAAGCCUUGUACCUAAACUCUGGCUGUCAAAAAUGUCAUAAAUUUCAAUUUGUUUUAAAAUUUUCAGGACUAAGAUCUGUUCUAUUUAAAGUAUAUGAAACAUUGCUAAUAAAUCGCAUCUGCCCAAAAAAUUAAGCCUGGAUGUUUAUUAGGGUUCUACUAGUUCAACUUUAGCAUUUUGCUGAGGUGGGUGUUGAUGGCAUUUGAAUUGUAAAACCUCUAAACCCUGUUUUUAAUUACUUCUAAGUUUACAACUGAAUAUGUCAAAAGAUGCUCUUAUAACAAUUCCAUUGAUAUAUCAAAUUAUUAAGUGUCACACGGUAUUAUAUCUGUGGGAAUAUCCAAUCCGUUCUACAAAAACUGUAGCGUUAUAAAAAGAACUGCUGCUGGAAUUAAUAUCUCUAAUUCUGGUUUAGUGGCAGCUUUAGUAACAACAACAUCUAGAAUACGAUGAUUGUGAUUAGUUACACAAUUUAAUUUAAUUUUUUUUGCUACAUAAAAGCUUAAUAAAUUAUAAAAUUGUUGGACAAAACUGUUACUCUUUUUAAAUGCGUUAGAUUUAGGGCUCCAAUUAUUUAAAAAAAAUUGAAUUAAAUAGAUAGAACUGAUUUCGAAGGCAGUUGAAUACAUUUUCGUAUGACUGCAAAUAACGUGUUGGUUGACAUUUAAUCUGAAUAGAUUCAAUUCCAGUGGCAUAGGGGAGACUGAUGUCAAUUGUAACAAAAUAUGUUUUUUUAUUUUUCGUUGGUUAACCUUGCUCUAAAAAACUAAAUUUAUUUUGCUAAGAAUAUGUUCUACAUUCGAUAAAAUUUGUCGGAAUUUAAACUCAUAAAAUUUAUACUAAAAUAAAACUAUACCACUUUUUAGGAGGCUAUGACAACUGUUACAAUUGUCACCACCUAUCUAGUUUCAAUAGUAACAAGCCUGGUGGUAAUAUAUACCGACGCAAAAAGUAAAGAAGGGGUUAUAAUAAAAUACUUCACCUUAAAAUAAGUUUAUUUUUUACGUAAAAUAGGAAAUAUAAAAAUAUUAAUCUUAUAAUUCAACAUCAGAAUUACAGUUUACGCAAACAUAAAAUGGGUUUUUAUCUGUGCAGGUUAAAUGCGCCCAUUCUCUGCAAGUUCUACAUUGUAUCCAUUCUUCUGAGCUUAAGGAAUAUGAUCCAGAAGACACUAAACAGAAAGUGUCAUCAUUAGAAGAAUCUGAAGAGUAAUUUUCCACCGGUUUUUUCUUAACUGUUUUAUUCACUUUCUUGCUCUUAUUUUUAUUUGUUUUGCCGUUUUACUGAAACUUUCUUCUUUAAAGUUUAUUCUUCAAUAGAGUUUUUUUUCUGGUGUGUCAGUCAGUAUAGCAGUUUUUCUUUUCAUUUGACCCCCUUUUUUGCUUUAGAAAGAUCGGAUUUGGGCAAAGGUUUUAGAACAUCAGGUGUAAUAAAUGCUACCGGUUGUAGUUGAGGCGAAGGAGUGAUGUCCCUGACAGUUGAUGGUCCUGGCUGAGGUGAAGAAUUAGUGUCUCUUGUUGUUGAUUGUUCCAAUUGACUUUCAGCUAUUUCAGCAGGUUUAGCUGUAGGUGAUUUUGUUGUAGAUUGAGUUUGCUGUAGGGUUUCAUCUAGUCUAGGUCUAUCAGUUACCAUUGAUGGUAAAAAAUCUGAAUCUUGAAAAAUUCCACGGUUAAAGGAAUAAAUGCCGGUGCAAGAAAAUCCUGAUAAAAUAUUUGUUGGUGUAGUGGCUAAAGGUAAAGAUGAUUUAACAAUUGAUGGUAAAUCAUAUAUUGUCAUACGCUUUCCUGGCUUGUUCUUCAUCCAUUGAUCGGCGUAGUUGUUGAAAUACUUUUUGAAAGGACCAUAUACACCACGAUCCAGUGGUUGGAGACGGUGGGAAGUGUGUGGUGGAAAAGACAACAAUGUCAUGAAAUUUGUUCUGCAAUAAUCCAUUAAUGAAAUGGAUACAUGUGAAGAGUGAUUGUCUAAUAAAACCAAAACUUUAUUAGUCUCGCUGGGUUUAGCGUGCUUCACAAAGUGUUUUAUAAAGUCAAGAAACUCAUUUUCUUGCAUCCACCCGGACUUAUAUCCUUUUCCUACGCAUCCAACAGGUUCAUCUCUAACAAAAUGAUCCUUGAAAUGCAACCGGGGAAAUACAAACAUUGGCGGAAUUGCGUUACCAACAGCGUUUACAGCCACACACAGCGUAACAAGUGUUCCACGCUCCUGACUUGCUACUGAUCCUACUUGCUUGGUUCCUUUUUUUGCAUUGACCUUGCUUGGCUUUUGCACCGUGGACACACCAGUCUCGUCAAUAUUGUAAAUAUUUUGUGGCUCAAAAUUGUGUCUUUCCAAGACAGUUGCCAGUUUAUCAAAAAAGUUGGAGACAUUUUCUUUGUUGAAAUGCAUGGCUCGCGCAAGACUUGUUGCUUGGGGUGUGCGAAGUGUUAAAUGAGGAUUUCUUCUCAGGAAAGCUACAAGCCAAUCUUUACUAGCCUGUUGUACUUCAUUCCAUUUUUGAGGAUAGUUAAGCCGAUUGGCAGAUGCAAACUGAAAGGCUAGUUUACGAAGAUCCCGUGUAGUGAGGCCAAAGUACAAAUCGACAGUUUUUUCACAGUAUUUAACUAGCUGUGACUCUUGCUCAACAGUAAAUACCCUGUUGUAAGGAUUGUACCCCACCUUAGACUCUAAAUUAUUACAUAGAGCAUUUACAAAACGAUUUAAUGAAACAUGGCACAUUCCAUAACUUUUAGCCACUUUUCUAACAGACUGCUCAUUAUCAAUAACCCUUGCUGCUUCUUCAUAAAUAACUUUAGGUAUCAGUCCCCUGUCGGUCUUUCUUGGGCUCGAUUUCACCAAUUUUUAUGACUAUAAAGAAGAAAAUAUUUUUUAAAUUAAUCGUUAAAUAUUCUAAGAGACUUGAUAAUUCUUUGUUGUCGUAUUGGCUUAUAACAAUAAUAAGACAACAAAUAAUUUUGCCAUAUAAGGUCAAUAUAAGUCAACAGAUAAAUAAAAAAAAUCGGCAUAAAGUUAAAAAACGACUUUGAUUUUAACACGUAACUACGGUGUCAAUUGUAACAAUCGCUAUCCACUAAAAAAUAAAACAAAAGUUUUAUCAAAGCCCACCCUUACUUUAAAAUAUUGUCAAUCUUAACACUUUGGGAUUCACAAACAAAAAAUGAGACGACGCGUUUCUUUACUUUUUCGGCAGUUUAUUAAAAUUUUUAAAAUAAAACGGUAUUUAUUUUUUUAUCGGAAACGAAGUGAAAUACGAAACAAAUACAAGAGGCCGAAAAGUAGUAUUUUUAAAUGUUUAAUCAAACAACAAAUAUUAAAGUUGAAAAAAAGUUUUCCAAUAAUAUUUGCUAAGAUGCCUCCCGGGACGCCACUCGAUCUUAUAAUUUUAAUCCAAUUAGGGUUAAAUUAGCCUUUUAAUACAACAAGUAAUACUGCCAAUUUUCAAAAAAAAAAUAAUAAAAAAUAAUAUUUAAAAAAAAAAUUUAUCACCCUGUAUCUUGAAAACUGUGCAUUUCCGGACCUAUGUUUAUAGAUACUUUUUCUCAUAUAUUUUUUUACAAGGAAUCCUAUUGCAAUAUCUCUCUCUAUUUUUCGAACACCCUGUAUGUACAUGAAAAUUAUUCUCGGGAUAUUAUUAAAUAUGUUUGGUAAUAUUUCAUUAUUAUUUAGGUUUUUAUGCAACCAGGUUUCACUUAAAGCGAUGCUUUAUACUCACUCAUCCGAUGUGGCCCAUACAUUACUAUUAAUUUUUAAUACUGCCGAAAAUUUAAAUAUCUCAAAAAAGGAUGGAGAGAUUUUUGAAGUAAGUAAAAAAAAGGUUAUUUUUAAGAUUUGCCACAUAUAAAAAACAAAAGCAGAAAUGCUAAAUUUAUGGCCAAAAUUCAUAUCUUAGUUAUCUUUGACUUCCGGACUAGAAAAAAUUAACUUAAUGAUUUACCAUUAUUUAUGGAAUAACCUCUUAUAUAGUAGCCUAAACUAUUCCCUUCGUGCAUUAAGAAGACUUAAUCCUAGCCCAUAGACUUUUUGCAAUUAUUAUUUUUCUAGCACCGACAGUACCGUCGUUUUCCCUUUCGUGUGAUUUCUUGGCACAUGUCUGACGAAUUUUUCUCCAUGCAUUCAACUGUGCAAUAGUGCCACGCGUGUUGAGUUAUUUAUAGGAAAAUAUAUAUAUAAAUAUAUUCAAAUAGAGUAACUUCAUAAGGGGGCUUUAAAGGAUCUUAACUGUGACAUGUUGUAAAAGGUUUUUUGAGGCCUCCCGUAGCGCUCCAGAUAACUCCUCGUGUAUACGUUCUUAACCAAAUAUGAUAGCUAUGUCUAUAUAUAAUCAUGAGUUUUAUGUUAGUUUAAUGUAAGGAUUUUAACCGUAGUAUUAGUCACUAUAUUGUCUGUCAUCUACAACGAAUAUUCACCAUUUUACGUUCAAAAUCUAUUAUAAAACAAUAGAUACUGUUUGUGGUGAAAUGGCACAUAAAAAAAGGGUUAUUUGGAGUUGCGCGCGCAUAAAAAGGAGGAGCUAAAGCUACAUACACCGUAAAGUUCAAAGUUAUAAGAAACGUUUAGUGAUUUAAUUUUUCUUUGAUAUAUAUAUAUUUAUAUAUAAACUAGGUGUAAAGAUUAUUAUAAAUGAACUUAAUUGGCACCGCAAUGUGUAAGUAAAUAAACCGUCAGUGUAAAUAUAUUCAGUGUCUUGUAAAUAUGAUUAAUUUAUUGUACAUAUUACCUGUGAAUAGCCUUAAUAGAUAAAUUAUGUGAUGAUUUUUUUUUUUUUAAUAAAUAAAAUUAAACUUGAUACUAAUAAAAUAAAGACGAGAAUUUUA